CGGGGGCCGGCCUUUCCCGCCCUUCCCGCCCCUUCCCGCCCCGCCGCCCGGGUGUGGGCCCGGCUCCCUGUGCCGCUCCCUCGGCUGGCGGAUCGGCGCGGGCGCCGCCUGGGGCUGCGGGGAUGGCGGCGACCCCCCAGAGCCUCUUCCCCGCGGGGGGCGAGCUGGACUCCAGCCAGUUGCAGAUGGAGCCCGACGAGCUGGACACUCUGAGGGAGGGGGAGGACCCAGCUGACCGGAUGCACCCUUUCCUGGCCAUCUACGACCUGCAGCCUCUGAAAAUGCACCCCUUGGUGUUCGCCCCUGGGGUGCCCGUCACAGCCCAAGUGGUGGGAACCGAAAGAUACACCAGCGGAUCCAAGGUGGGAACCUGCACCCUGUAUUCCGUCCGCUUGACUCACGGCGCCUUUACCUGGACAACCAAGAAGAAGUUCCGUCAUUUCCAGGAGCUGCACCGAGACCUCCUGAGGCACAAAGUCUUGAUGAGUCUGCUCCCUCUGGCCCGGAUAGGGGGCCUUUGCCAGCCUCCGGGCCUCCCCCAAGCCUCCGGGUCUGGUGCUUCAGGGAUCCAGGCGCUCAGCUUCCCGCCUCGCCUCCGCAGCUUUGCCGCCCCCCAUCCCCCCGCCGGAGAAGCCGCCAACCGCGAGAUGCCCUCUCUGCCCCGCGCGGGACCCGAGGGCUCCUCCAGACACGCGUCCAGCAAACAGAAAUACCUGGAGAAUUACCUCAACCGCCUCCUGACCAUGUCUUUCUACCGCAACUACCACGCCAUGACGGAGUUCCUGGAAGUCAGCCAGCUCUCCUUCAUCCCAGACCUUGGCUCCAAAGGACUGGAAGGAGUGAUCCGGAAGCGCUCGGGCGGCCACCGAGUUCCUGGCCUCACCUGCUGUGGCCGGGACCAAGUGUGUUACCGCUGGUCCAAGAGGUGGCUGGUGGUGAAGGACUCUUUCCUGCUGUACAUGUGCCUCGAGACGGGCGCCAUCUCCUUUGUUCAGCUCUUUGACCCUGGCUUCGAGGUGCAGGUGGGGAAACGCAGCACGGAGACGCGGUACGGGGUCAGGAUCGACACCUCCCACAGGUCCCUGAUCCUCAAGUGUGGCAGCUACCGGCAGGCACGGUGGUGGGGCCAGGAGAUCACGGAGCUGGCCCAGGGCCCGGGAAGAGACUUCAUACAGCUGCACCGUCAUGACAGCUAUGCCCCACCCCGGCCCAGGACCUUGGCCCGGUGGUUUGUGAACGGGGCGGGUUACUUUGCCGCUGUGGCAGACGCCAUCGUAGGAGCUCAAGAGGAGAUUUUCAUCACAGACUGGUGGUUGAGUCCUGAGAUUUACCUGAAGCGUCCGGCCCAUUCAGAUGACUGGAGACUGGACAUUAUGCUCAAGAAGAAGGCGGAGGAGGGUGUCCGUGUGUCCGUACUGCUGUUUAAGGAGGUGGAGCUGGCCUUGGGCAUUAACAGCGGCUACAGCAAGAGGGCUCUGAUGCUGCUGCACCCCAACAUAAAGGUGAUGCGCCACCCGGACCAGGUGACGCUGUGGGCCCAUCAUGAGAAGCUCCUGGUCGUGGACCAAGUAGUGGCCUUCUUGGGGGGGCUGGACCUCGCCUACGGCCGCUGGGACGACCUGCAGUACCGGCUGACUGACCUCGGGGACCCCUCUGAACCAGGCGCUCCACAGCCUCCCACCCCCGGCUCAGACGCUCCGGCCACCCCAGACCUGUCCCAAAACCAACUCUUCUGGCUGGGCAAGGACUACAGCAAUCUUAUCACUAAGGACUGGGUGCAGCUGGACCGGCCUUUUGAGGAUUUCAUCGACAGGGAGACCACGCCCCGGAUGCCAUGGCGGGACGUAGGGGUGGCCGUCCACGGUCUGCCCGCCCGGGACCUGGCCCGCCACUUCAUCCAGCGCUGGAAUUUCACCAAGACGACCAAGGCCAAGUACAAGACCCCCGUGUACCCCUACCUGCUGCCCAAAUCCACCAGCACCGCGGACCAGCUCUCCUUCACGAUCCCGGGGGGGCAGUGCGCCACUGUGCAGGUCUUGCGGUCGGUGGACCGUUGGUCAGCAGGGACGAUGGAAAACUCCGUCCUCAAUGCCUAUCUGCACACCAUCAGGGAGAGCCAGCGCUUCGUGUACAUCGAGAAUCAGUUCUUUAUUAGCUGCUCGGACGGGCGGACCGUUCUGAACAAGGUGGGCGAUGAGAUUGUGGACAGAAUCCUGAAGGCCCACAAACAGGGGCAGCGUUUCCGAGUCUACGUGCUUCUGCCCCUGCUGCCGGGGUUUGAAGGUGACAUCACGACAGGUGGUGGCAACUCCAUCCAGGCCAUCCUGCACUUCACUUACAGGACCCUGUGCCGUGGGGAAUAUUCGAUCCUACAUCGCCUCAAAGCAGCCAUGGGGACAGCGUGGCGGGACUACAUAUCCAUCUGCGGGCUUCGCACACACGGAGAGCUGGGCGGGCACCCGGUCUCUGAACUCAUCUACAUCCACAGCAAGAUGCUCAUCGCAGACGACCGGACGGUCAUCAUCGGCUCCGCCAACAUCAACGACCGGAGCUUGCUGGGGAAGCGAGACAGUGAGCUGGCCGUGCUGAUCGAGGACACAGAGAUGGAACCAUCCCUCAUGGACGGUGGGGAGUAUCAGGCGGGCCGGUUUGCUUUGAGUCUGCGGAAGCACUGCUUCAGUGUGAUUCUCGGGGCACAUGCCCGGCCAGACCUGGACCUCCGAGACCCCGUCUGUGAUGACUUCUUUCGGCUGUGGCAGGACACAGCCGAGCGCAAUGCCAAUAUCUAUGAGCAGAUCUUCCGCUGCCUGCCUUCCAACGCCACACGCUCUCUCAGGGCGCUCCGGGAGUACGUGGCCGUGGAGCCCCUGGCCACAGUCAGCCCAACUUUGGCCCGGUCUGAGCUCACCCAGGUCCAGGGCCACCUGGUCCACUUUCCCCUCAAGUUCCUGGAGGAUGAGUCUUUGCUGCCCCCCCUGGGGAGCAAGGAAGGCGUGAUGCCCCUCGAAGUGUGGACAUAGCUACGGCUUCAGCCUGGGACAGCUUACCUGCCGCUGGGCUCCACCGAGGCUGGCUCCCUGCCCCCAACCCUCAUGCUGGAGGGCAGUGCCCUCUGAGACCAGGGGGAGGGCAGGCAUGCCGGAAGAGGACUAGAGAAGAGAAGCCACGGGGACCCUUCCUUGAGAAGCAGCUGAAGAGGUCACUCCACCUCUGGGCUGGCGGGGCGGGGUUGGGGGGGGGGCAGGAGGGCAUUCCGAGUUCAUCCCCCCUGCCGCCCGGUUCAAACCACCGUUCCAGGGCAGAGGCAAACCCUUGCCCCCACGCCCGGGAUGCCUCCCUGGGGGAGGCCCUGUCCUGGGCCUUCCUCCUCCUGCCCCCGAACCCCCUCCCUGCCAUUACUGCCAAGGUGGAGGGAAGAGUGAAGCCCCCCCCCGCCCCCGGCUUCGCCCCCGCGGUGGGCAGGGCGGGGGCUGGGGUGCACACUUACCCCCUCCCCUGCCUGUGGACAGACACUAGCUUUGUAUCCGUUCAGUGAGCAUUUCAUAAAUAAACGCCUAGUCUAGACAA